AACGACCUCACCCUUCCACCUUCUUGACUUCGCGGCUUCUUCGUUUUCUUUCUAAAUCCGGGGGAUUCUAAUGCUUCAGAGAGACGAUUCUUAAUCCUCGCAACAAAUCCAGGGCAUCCAAAACAUUCUUCCCGUUAAUCCCGAAUUCCUUCUUUGGAUUUCGCUGCAAUCUCUUCUCCACUUUCCUUUCCCGGCUCUGAAUUUCCAUGGGAACUCCAGAAUUCCCUGACCUUGGAAAGCAUUGCAGCGUUGACGAUUGUAAGCAGAUCGACUUCUUGCCCUUCACUUGCGAUCGCUGCCGCCAGGUUUAUUGCUUGGAACACAGAAGCUACAUUAAACACCAUUGCCCAAAAGCUGACAAGAAAGAUGUUACUGUUGUCGUCUGUCCACUUUGUGCUAAAGGAGUUCGUCUAAAUCCUGAUGAGGAUCCUAACAUCACUUGGGAGGCUCAUGUUAAUAUAGAAUGUGAUCCAUCUAAUUAUGAUAAAGUCAGAAGGAAGAAAAAGUGUCCGGUGCCUGGCUGCAGGGAGGUCUUGACCUUCUCAAACACUAUAAAAUGUAGGGACUGCACCAGAGACCAUUGCUUGAAGCACCGUUUUGGGCCUGACCACAAAUGUCCAGGACCCAAGAAACCCAAUUCAGGUUUUCAAUUUAUCAGUCUUCUAAAUAGGAGUAGAAAGGAAGAGCCAAGGCCCAACCGUGCUUCAUCCACAUCUUCUUCUAGGUGGUCUAGCAUUCUCAAUGCAGCUUCAACUGCUCGAGCCUCGGCUGAAGCACGCAUGGUAAAAUUGAGUGGUGAAAUUAGCCAAGUGUGGAAGUCAGCAAGGGAUGGAAUGGGGCAGAGUAGUAGUAGUAGCAGCAGCAGCAGUGGGAGGGCAGGAACAGGGGAAAUGGAGGAAUGCCCACAGUGUGGUGCAAAAUUUUCCUCAGUUACUGCUUUGGUGGAGCAUGUUGAGAAAGAACAUGAAAGGAACAACAGCCAGUCUCGUGUCUUCAAUAUGUCUAUCGAUGUUUGUCCAAAGUGUAGCAAAGGGUUCCGUGACCCAGUAGCCCUUGUGGAGCAUGUUGAGAGGGAUCAUUCUGGUACUUCAAGAGCUUAGAAGGGUCUGGUACAUCAAUUCUCUAAAAUGCUCCUCACUAGGGAUGGAACUGUAUUACUUUUUUUCCUUUUUUUUUUACUUCCGUUUCUUUUUGAGCUGCACGGUGGAAUGUUGCAUAUGAGCAUUGAAUUGCCGAUGCAAACCUUUCUUCAACAUUCAGUUGAUUAUACCACUUCAAACUGUAAUUUGAGGCUUUCAUGAUUGAUGCAUUGAUGAUUAUUCUAUCAACAAAUUCUGCAUAUGCACUCAAUAAUGCUAGAUGCUUUUAAUAUAGAUCAGAAUUGUUC